GGCAGUGGGAGUGGGAAGGCGGCCCGCGUGAGGGGCGGGGGAGCAGCCUUGGCCCGGCGUAGCUGGAACCUGGGUACCCAGAAACCGGCUUCACACCGACCGUUCCUCUUUGGCUUCCUCGGCGCCACUGCGCAUGCCUGGGAUGGGAUUGUUUGCCAGUGGCUGUUUUAACUUUGGUUUUCCGAAGAGCAUGAGUGACUGGAUGCCCAUCGCCAAGGAAUAUGACCCGCUUAAAGCUGGCAGCAUCGAUGGGACAGAUGAAGACCCACAUGACCGAGCUGUGUGGAGGGCCAUGCUGGCCCGCUAUGUCCCAAACAAAGGAGUCACCGGAGACCCCCUCCUUACCCUGUUUGUGGCACGACUGAACUUGCAGACCAAAGAGGAGAAGUUAAAGGAAGUCUUCUCCCGGUAUGGUGACAUCCGGCGGCUGCGGCUGGUUCGGGACCUGGUGACAGGCUUCUCCAAGGGCUACGCCUUCAUUGAGUACAAGGAGGAGAGGGCCCUGCUGAAGGCCUACAGAGAUGCUGAUGGGCUGGUCAUCGACCAGCAUGAGAUAUUCGUGGACUAUGAGCUAGAGAGGACCCUCCGUGGCUGGAUCCCUCGGCGGCUGGGUGGUGGAUUGGGUGGAAAAAAAGAAUCUGGGCAACUGAGGUUCGGUGGCCGAGAUCGGCCUUUCCGAAAACCCAUUAACUUGCCAGUUGUCAAGAAUGAGCCGCACAGAGAAGGGAAGAGGGAAAGGAGGGAGCGAUCUCGAUCUAGGGACAGACACUGGGACCCCAGGCCCAGGGAACGGGACCAUGAUAGGGGCCGAGAGAAGCACUGGCAAGAGAGGGCCAGGGUGUGGCCUGAGAAUGAUUGGGAAAGAGAGAGGGAGUUCAGGGAGGAGAGGGUCAAACCCAGGGACAAGAGGGAUAGAAGUAAGUAGAGCCAGCAGCGGGCAGCAGAGGCCACCCAGAGGGUCGGGGCUGAAGCCACCAGGCCUCCAUGAGGAAGCAGUUCCUUUUACAGUACUGGGGAUUUAACUGGAGAGUGCGGCAUGCCAGGCAAGUGCUUCAACCACAGCCACAUAGGAUGAGAGGGAGAAACAGUUGUAUGAGAAGUCACCGGCUCAUGUGGAAAUGGAAAAGUUUUCACAUGCUGUCAUCCAACUUGGGAGUCGGAGACAGGAGUAUGGAAAGAGGGGUAAUAAAGAACCUAUCUUCACUUUCUCACACCCUUUGAGAUGGGGUUGAAUGUAUGGCAGAGGGGAUAGUGGUUUAAAACUCUUUAGUAACCUGGUGUGAUAGCACACCUGUCAUCCUAGCACUGGGCAGGCAGAGGCAGGAGAAUUGCAAGUUUAAAGCCAGUUUAGGGUACAAAAUAAGACUCUGUCUCGAUAGCCUAUGAGAGUUAGUUAUGCUGACACUGACUCCUGAGAUACAUGGUCCUUUUCAUUUUCAUGUAUGGAGCCCCAGGGCUUGCUGAAUUGAAAGAAAGGAGCCUAGAAAGGCCAAAUCCGAGGAGACUGUUCCAGCUCUUAGUAACCAGACAGCAGGUUGAGCAUCUGGGUCAUCGGGCAGCUACUGUCAAGUCUGGGUAACCCGCUCCCUGAAAAAAUGCUGACUGCCAGCCUUCUUCCCCAACUGGCAUUUAAAAUGAAGCACAGUCUUGCAGGGCUGUGAUCUGUAGCCGACUCUGAGCUCUUCUAAGAUAAACCUAGGCAAUAGUGGUGCAUGCAGAGGCAGGUGGAGCUCUGUGUUUGAGGCCAGCCUGGUCUACAGAGUAAGUUCCGGGACAGCCAAAGCUGCUCAGUGAGACUCUGUCUCAGCAGGAAUGAGAUAAAAGAAAGGGAGGAAGGAGAGGCUACCUGGACCUAGUUUGAAGGGCUGGUGUGCCCUGUUUCUGACUAUCUAGAUUUGGGUUUGCUGAACAGCUGGUUUCUGUGAACUUGAAAUCAACUAAAGACUCUCAAGACUUUAAAAAUAAAAUAGCAUUUAGCUGGGCUCAGUGAGGCACACCUUUAAUCCCAGCACUUGGGAAGCAGACAGGCAAAGUUUGAUCUAUGUGGAAUUCUAGGCUGUUUCAUUCAGUAAACAUACUGCCAUUGGAAAGCUAGUAAGAUGGCUCAGAGCAUAAAAGUCUAUUACUACUUGGGACUGGAGAGAAAGCUCAGCAUUUAAGAGCACUUGAUGUUCUUGGAGACAACCUGGGUUCUAUUCUCAGUACAUUAGUGGCUUAAAAACCUCUAAUUCCAGUUUCAGGAGAUCCUAUACCCUUUUCUGGCUUCAUGUACGUGCACAUGUGCACACACACACACACACACACAGAGGCACUCAUAAACACUAAAAUCCAAUCUUUUUUUAAGAAGGUCACACAACCCUGACCUUAGGUCCCCAGAACCCUUGUUUGAUAUAAUCAGUGUAUGACCUCCACAUGAGCACCACACCACACACAUCACACAACAGUCAGCUUGGCAUGUGGUCUCCAAGCCCCUGCCUACCCAGUGCCCUUCCACCCACACAUCUGACAUCCUCAUCCGCCACAGCACCCAAUCCACUUGAAAGCAUUGUCGUCUUUGCACAAGACACAGCAUUUCACCCGAGGAACACGAGAAGAAAGAUGAUGGCAGGAAAGGAAAAGGCACACAGGAAACAAGUUGGAUGUCUCAUCCAAACAACUUUUGUUUGGUUAGUACUGUGUAGCUCACAGCAGAUUCCAAGGCACACCAUCUCGGACAGGCUGCCUGAUAGCUUUAUCGGGAACAAAGUGUGACAGUGACAAUCCCAAGGUUGUUUCUAGCGGGUGGCUAGAAGGACUGCAUGACUUUCUGUUGUGUCCCAGCCAAACUGGGUAGCCCGUCCUAUGACUAGAGGCUCCACCUGUCCGAUUCACACUUCCUGUAUAGCCUGCUACCUCCAGGGCAACUUCAUAAUAUAAAACAUUGCUUCUCACUGACAAAGGCCAUUAGAAAACAAAAUGAAAACUAGGAGUCAAACAGCUAGGAUAGUGGCAAUGUGUUCAGCUUAAGAAGCUUGUUAAGUAAAAUUAAUGCAGUCUGGUUUCAUAUCCUCAUCUUAUUAAAUAUAGGUCCUAAGGGGUCUGAGACAUUGAGUAUAAACUGGGGAGCCCUGCAGAUAAAUAAAACACUUUUUUAGAA